AUGAGGUUGUAUGAGAGUGGGUCUGAUUUGAGGGAGGGACCGGCCUCAAAUGAAGAGGCGAAAAGAGGUACAAGUUGCCGGAAGUGCCAUAAACCCUACUGGUGGGAGAUGUGCCAGAAACCGCGUGGGCAGAUGCGUCCACGACAAAGCCAAACUCGACGACCGAAGGCAGAAGCGGAUGACCUCAAGGCAGAAGAUUCAUCAGAUUAUAAGUCGUGA